AUGGCACCGAGCAUACCAACUGAGCCGGCCUCGAAACGCAACGGCGUCAAUGACCAUGAAGUGGUCCCGAUAGGGCCUUCCCCAGGGCUUUCGUCCAACCCGCCACGCUACAUCUCGGAACAGACGCUGCAGCAGAUGCUCAAAAGCAUUGGCUAUGAUGAGGCAAGAGAGGAUGCAUACAGACUCAAAGGCGUCCAGCUCAUUGAUAGCGUUCGACAAAGCAUAAGCCUGUGCGAACCCAUCGCUUCCAAGCUUUACCUACGCAUCUUGCUGACGAGCGCCACAGGCCGCGCCGAGUACAACUACGAAGAUGUAGCUCUUGCGUCGUUGUUUGUUGCAUGCAAGGUGGAGGAUACGAUCAAGAAGUCCAAGGAUGUCCUAUGUGCUGCGCACAAUAUCAGGCAGCCCCACGAUCAAAGGACUCCGGAUGACAAGAUGUUCGAUGGUCCAUCCAAAUUCACAGUGGGCCUCGAGCGUCAUAUUCUGGAGACCAUUGGUUUCGACUUCCAGGCUCAGUAUCCCCAGAAGUUGCUGAUCAAAUUACUUCGGAAGAUGUUCCCAAAGGGCGAGAAAAAGGACAAUCCCGAAGUCAAGAAGUUCAUCACCGAUGCAUACGACAUGUCAAUCGAUCUUUACAAGACGUUUGCGCCCUUGAAGCAACCCAGCUUUCCGCUUGUGAUGGCAAUCCUUGAACUAACAGUCCUCCUUACGGGAAUGGGUGGAGAUCAUAUCCCACAGUUCUAUGCCGACCGGUAUCCGGCUAGGAAAGGCUGUGUUCUCGAGGUCAUGUUGGAUCUAAUGGAUCUCUACACACAAUUUCCAAAGUCCACCAAAGUCGGCAGCAGAUACGAUCUUAACAAGUUGAUGGACGUUAAAAUUGACAUCAACAAGAUGCUAUCAGGGAAUCGGUAUCACCGCCACUUUGCAUGGUGCGACAAGUGUGCCCAAGACAGCUCGGAUGCCCUUUCCGUCACGCCGGGCUCUGCGAUCUCGCCUGCAACUAACAGCUCGCUACCUGGAAAUAUCACUGUCAAGAGGAAUGGCAAGUCGUCUGAAGGAACCUUGCGAUUCGUCUUCGACCAUGAAGACGCCCGCUUCGAGCGGGAAACAGUGGCGGAAUAUUUCGAUGAUGUCUACGAGGAAAUCGAAGAGGAGGUCGAGGAAAGAAUCCCAGAUGAACCACGGCACUCGAGCCGGAGUGCUCAUCACUCGCAUUCGUCACAUCGAAAUCAUACCGACCAUGGCUGGAGUCCUUAUUCGCGAAGUCGACAUGGCGGCCACAACAGUGACCGACACAAAGGGCGUAAAAGUCACGGUUACUAUUGAUCACUGUCGUCUCUGUCAUUCUCCUUGUGGACUAUGGGGCAUAUGGAUGUGCACGGUGUUUACGAGGUUUGUCUUUUACGUUGGUUACCCUAAAGUUCAGCGGCUAAGGAGUUUACGGCUACUUGAUGAUACCCAGUCUAUAGCACAUCUGGAUUAAAAAAUGGAAGUUGAUUGGACGCG